AUGCACCUCCGCUCCGGACUCCUCACCUUGAUCCAAUCGCUGUAUUUCGGCGCCGCAGCUGGCGCAAAUGCCAUUCGCUCAGGAACAUGGAGACAAUACCAGUACCAGAUCCUCCCGGCGAACCAGCCGCAAAAGACCAAGCGCUCCUUCACCUUGACCGGGCUGGCAGCAGCGGCCCUUCUGACACUGUGGUUCCUCUACUCCUACAAUUACCACGGUCCUCUCGAUCAGCGCUCUUGCGAACACCCGGUCGUGCGCCUUGUGCAUGAUGCUACAAAAUCAUUCAACGAAACACUCGCACACCAGUCGCAGUCAUUGGAGGAAGCUGUGGCUGAGUAUCAUCGACGCUACAAGAUGCCACCACCUCCACACUUCGAUGAGUGGUAUGCCUUUGCCACGGCGCGAAACACGGUGCUGAUUGACGAAUUCGACACCAUCUAUCACACCAUACAACCUUUCUGGGGGCUGCAGCCCAGCACUAUUCGCUCGCGCGUGAGAGAGGAUCUCGGGUACAAUAACUUCGUGAUGGGUGUGGCCGUUCGUGACGGCAGGGUUAUGCAUCUAGGCAAUGACGGCCAGCAAGAGUUCCAGAAGGACGCAACAAUUCGAAUCAUUGAGAAAUUCGCCCAGUGGCUUCCAGAUAUGCUGCUGGAAUUCAACGUACACGACGAGCCACGGGUGGCCGUCCCACACGAGGAGCUACACAGGUUGAUCACGAAGGGUUAUGAAACGCAGGCUCGACUGGACCAUAGCCCCGAGCUGUCCAAUAUGUUUUCAAAGGGCGAUGCGCAUGACCCUCUUCCGCCAGAGGAAGUCUACACAACUAGGUUCAAUGACAUCCAGCGCCAGGAGACUUGGCUUUUCUCCCGGCUUUCAUGUCCACCAGAGACACCGGCAAGGUCCCUCGAUGGCAAUGCACCGGAUAAUUCCAGCGCGUUUGCGAUCGAGCCUCUGGGAUUCAUCUUCAAUCAAACUGCCGCCAGUGAUAUGUGUAACAGCCCAUCCCUUCGGCAUCGCCUUGGUGUUUUCGACCGCCCGAAUUCAUUCAAGGUGACAAACGAGCUCACUCCAGUGUUCUCCAUGUCACACCCAUCAUCCUUCCAAGACAUCGCGGUUCCGUCGCCAUUCUACUACGAAGGCGUGUCUCACUAUGACGAGAACACCGCAGUUGAUUGGGAGAACAAGAAACCGCAGCUCUACUGGCGCGGCGGAACGACUGGCGGACAUAGCAUAGGCGGCGCGUGGCAGAACUUCCAGCGCCAGCGCAUCGUUGGGAACCUAACCCACCCUCAAUCGCCCCAGUAUCUCUUACAUCAGAAACGCAUUUGCAAACCAGGUCGCACUGAGGGCUGGGAAAUACAGCAGGCAAAUCGAACCCAGAUCGACGGAUUCUUCAACACGCACUUCGUUGAAAUCAAGGACUGCGACGACGAUUGUCCCGCCGAAGAAGCGUUCUUCAAUGACGUGCGGGAACCAGAUCCACCCGAAGAAGCUUGGAAAUAUCGCUACCUGCUCGAUAUGGAUGGUCAUGCUUAUAGCGGACGGUUCUAUGCUUUUAUGCGGAGCAAGAGCGUCCCGUUCAAAUUGACUUUCUUUAGAGAGUGGCAUGAAGAUAUCCUGGUUCCUUGGGUUCAUUAUGUGCCGAUCAACAAGGAUGGAACUGAGAUCCCGGAACUAGUUCGGUUCUUCGAGCAGGACCCUGCGGGUCAGCAGAUUGCGAGGUCUAUCGGGGCAGAUGGCCAAGCUUGGGCUGCGAGAACGAUCAGGAAUGACGACAUCGACGUCUACAUGUUCCGGAUUUACUUGGAGUAUGCUCGAGUUCAAGAUGAUCGGAGGGAGAAUCUUGGGUUCUCCUCGAAAGGGCCUGCGUGA